UUUAUCCAAGGCGGGUAACUCUAAACUUGUCUGAAAGUAGGCGCACGUGGUCACACGUGUUUGCUGAGUGAUCGCUGUGUGUUAGGGUUGAUCCACUAGCUCUUCGUUUUCAUCUCACUAUGGCUGCUAACCUUGCUCUGCUAAGUGUGUCUGACAAGACAGGAUUGGUGGACUUUGCCAAGAAGUUGUCUGCCCUUGGUCUGGAGCUGGUAGCAUCAGGUGGCACUGCCAAGGCAAUCAGAGACGCUGGCCUUGCUGUCAGGGAUGUGUCUGAGGUGACAGGUGCCCCCGAGAUGCUUGGUGGCCGAGUGAAGACUCUCCACCCAGCUGUACAUGGAGGUAUCCUGGCUCGGUGUACUGAAUCUGACCAGGCAGACCUUGACAAGCAGGGCUUCAAGAUGAUCAGAGUUGUGGCGUGUAACCUCUACCCCUUCGUGAAGACUGUGGCCAACCCUGAUACCACUGUAGCCCAGGCCGUGGAACAGAUCGACAUAGGAGGUGUCACCUUACUGAGGGCAGCCGCUAAGAACCAUGCACGAGUGACCGUAGUGUGUGACCCCACCGAUUACAGCACGAUCUGUGACGAGAUGAGUAACUCAACGAACAAGGACACCGUGGAGGAGACGAGGCAGAGGAUGGCAGUCAAGGCCUUCAACCACACAGCAGAGUAUGAUGCUGCCAUCUCCGACUACUUCCGGCGUGAGUACAGCAGUGGAGUCUCCCAGCUGACACUCCGCUACGGGAUGAAUCCUCACCAAAAACCAGCCCAGAUCUACACCCCUCAGCCACAGCUGCCCCUCACAGUGCUGAACGGGUCCCCGGGCUUCAUCAACUUGUGCGACGCCCUCAACGGCUGGCAGUUGGCGGAGCUGAAGCAAGGAAUGGGUCUUCCUGCGGCCACUUCCUUCAAACACGUCAGUCCAGCAGGUGCUGCUGUGUCCGCUCCACUCACACCAGAACAAGCACGACUCUGUAUGGUGGAUGACAUGACAGAGUUGUCUCCCCUGGCUAUUGCAUAUGCUAGAGCUCGAGGUGCCGACAGGAUGUCAUCGUUUGGAGAUUUUGUGUCGCUGUCGGAUGAGUGUGAUGUAUCUACAGCCAAGAUAAUAUCUCGAGAAGUUUCUGACGGAGUUGUGGCCCCUGGUUAUCAACCUGCAGCCCUGGAGAUACUCAAAAAGAAGAAGGGCGGAAAGUAUUGUAUUUUGCAGAUUGAUCCUUCAUUCAACCCUCCUGAGCUGGAGACAAGGACGUUAUUUGGUCUCCAGAUGCAGCAGAAGAGGAAUGAUGCAGUUAUUGACAAGAACCUCUUCUCAAACAUCACAUCCAAGAGAAAGGAGCUCCCAGAGGAAGCCGUGCGGGACCUGAUAGUGGCUAGCAUCGCUCUGAAGUACACUCAGUCUAACUCUGUGUGCUAUGCCCGAGAUGGACAGGUUAUUGGUAUCGGUGCCGGCCAGCAGUCUCGCAUCCACUGUACCAGACUGGCAGGGGAGAAGGCCAACAACUGGUGGUUGAGGCAGCAUCCCAAGGUGCUCGGGAUGCAGUUCAAGAAGGGUGUGAAGAGAGCAGAAAUCUCUAAUGCCAUCGACAUCUACGUUUUGGGAACAGUUGGUCAGGACAUGGACCAGACAACAUGGGAGAAUCUGAUGGAGAAUCCCCCAGCACCACUCACAGAGGAGGACAGGACUACAUGGAUCUCAAAGUUGAAGGGCGUUUCACUUAGCUCUGAUGCCUUCUUCCCCUUUAGAGACAACAUUGACAGAGCUUACCAGAGUGGUGUGGAGUACAUUGCCUCCCCUGCUGGGUCCACCAACGACAACGCCAUCAUCCAAGCCUGUGAUGACCACAACAUCACCCUGGCCCACACCAACCUUCGUCUCUUCCAUCACUAGAGCUUAGCUAUAUUCACCAUAUCUCCGGCUGUGACAGAGCUUCCUACGUCAGAGAUGGCAUUGCCACUGCUUUCUUGAAGUGGCUCAAAUCUGUCUUGUUAAUCAAAAUUGUAUUCUGUUUAUUCAUUCCACUACUAACUGUUGCAGCUUAAGAAGAAAUGGUGCCUCUAUUUUCACCUUCCGCGUUGUAGUGUCGAUUACACAACAUGUGCUUCUGUGCUUGACUUGUUGGAAGGAUGCAUCAAGAUAAUCUUCUUCUGCUCAAAAAUGCUUUCUUUAAUAGAUUCUGAAGCUAUGUUAGGUCAAAGACAAACAACAUGGUUAGCGUUGUUGUGUUGAGCUGAAUUGUCAGCAGGUUUCAUGUUAUUCUGUUAAGAGUUUAAAAGCGUUUGGGCCAGAAUUUGCUGAGCAUUUAGAAUCAGAAGUUCAAUCCUUUUGAGAGGUUUAAAGUGACAAAACAUUUUGUCAUACAUCCUCAGUGACUGGAAGAAUCUCAUUUCCUUGCCCAUGUGUUACAGUAUUUGUUGCAAUAUUUAUGUUCUUUGUGAUUGUAUUAUGUUUUUUUCACUUGAAAUACUUGGAUAUCAUUUAUUCAUGGUCUACUUCAGAGCUUUUGCAUCUUCUUUUAAUAACAUGCAUUAAUUUGAAAAAUGUAAAUCCAUAACUGAUAUUAAUCAAAUAAAAUAUUUUUUAUGA